AUGUCGUCCGACAGCUUCGACUUUGAUGACGACGGCCUGGACGAACUGAACCAGCUCGAGAUCGCCUACGCAACUGGACUCAAACUUCCGCCCAGAACAAGCGUCAACGCCUCAGCUUUGACCCAACGCAACCUCUUUGGAGAACCCAUCGUUGCUGCUCCUCCGGCCGCGCAAAAGAAUCUUCGACCCCAGCAUGCUUCGACGACUCGGCAAGGGGCGUUCGAUGCGGCCAAGGUCAAGCCGGUCAAGGUGUGGGGUAGGGAGAUGUUUGCCAAGCAUGGAUGGAGCAAGAAGAAUGCUGCUGUGGCUCGGAAAGCGGCUGGUUUCAAGACCAAAGGGAAGGGUAAAGGAAAGGCGACAGAGUACAAUGGAUGGGGUGACGAUGACGACGAGUCAGUGCUGGAAGACGACGACGACGAAGAUGAUCCUAAGCAGUCGACCUUCUUCGUCAAUACGACCUACGACCCUCAUGCGCCACCCUUGCCGAUGAAGUGCGAGCCGGAUCGAGAAGCGAUCAAGACGUGGGUCUACCCCGUGCAAGCCGACAAGCCACUGCGCAAGUACCAGUACGACAUCGUCUACAUCGCUUUGCUCAACAACACGCUCGUUAGUUUACCGACUGGUUUGGGCAAAACCUUCAUCGCCGCUUGUGUCAUGUAGGUCUCUCUCGCGAACUCCUCUCACUCGGACCUGUGAAGAUUGUGAUCUGACCUGUCGUCCUCUCAACUUAUCAGGCUCAACUUUUAUCGCUGGUUCCCACGGGGCAAAAUCGUUUUCCUAGCUCCAUCACGACCGCUCGUGCGUCAACAGAUUAUUGCGUGCCACUCCGCAACCGGAAUACCUCAAGAGCACUGCGUCGAGUUGACAGGCUCGACGACCCCCAAGCUACGGUCGAUCGGAUGGGCAACAAAACGAGUCAUCUACAGUACCCCACAAACGGUCGAGAACGAUCUGAGGAAAGGUCGCGUCGAUCCGAGGGAUAUCACGUGUUUGGUCGUGGAUGAGGCGCAUCGAGCGAGUGGUGACUAUGCGUAUUGUGGUGUGGUGCGGUAUUUGAUGUGUCGGAAUCCGCACUUUCGGAUCUUGGCGUUGACGGCCACACCGGGGUCCAAAGGAGAGGCCGUGCAAGAGGUCAUUGACAAUCUGCAUGUAAGUGUGCCGACUCGAAGCAUACACACCUGGGCCAAUCGGUGACUGACCAUUUACCUCCUGGAACAGAUCUGCAACAUCCAAGUCCGAACCGAUCAAUCGUUCGAUAUCAAACAAUAUAUCUACCACAAGUCGUACGACCUCACCAUCAUGCCGCUCGGACCUCAACUGUCCUCCAUCCGAGAUCGGUGGGCUGCUUUGAUGCAACCUUUCAUCGGGCCAUUGGCCCAAGCGAGAUUGCUCUUCGAGACGAGACCGGAAUACAUCACGGCUUUUGGAUGCAAUCUCGCACGAGGCAAGAUCAACAGUCUACCUGGCGGCACAGGCGCCAACGCUCGUUUCUACCCCAUGAUCAAAACGCUCUCCUACAUGAGUUCAGCGAUGGAACACCUCAUCAUCCAGAGUGUGACGCAAUUCGAGGAGAAACUUUUGGACAUGCAACAUAUGUUCAAGACGUUGGCGGCCAAACCCGACUUUAGGAAGAUCGUGGCCGACGUCAAGGCGCUGACGGCGAGGUCGGGGUACGUCGGUCAUCCCAAGAUGGAACGACUGCGUUCGAUGUGCUGGGACCAUUUCAAGGCUGCGGAGCAUGAAAUCGACCCCUUGACGGGCCAGCCUCGGCAGACGCGAGUCAUGGUCUUUUGCAACUAUCGCGCUGUCGUCGAGGAGAUCGUCAUGUGCUUGAACAAGCAUGCUCCGACGAUCAAAGCUACGCGGUUCGUCGGUCAGGCCGCGGCUAAAGGUGGCAAAGGGAUGACCCAGAAGGAUCAAAAUGAGGUGAGUGUCGUCGGUCCUGGGCUUGUUGGCAGUCGCUGUAAGCUAUGACUAAAGUACUUCACCACCGUAGGCCAUCCGCAAAUUCAAAGACGGCGUGUACAACGUGCUCGUCGCCUCGUCGAUCGGCGAGGAGGGUCUCGAUAUUGGCGAGAUCGAUCUCAUCGUGUGCUACGAAGCCAACAAGUCGCCUAUCCGCAUGCUGCAGCGUGUCGGACGAACCGGUCGCGCACGAGAUGGCCACAUCAUCGUCCUCAUGACCGAAGGACGCGAGGAAAAGAAUUGGGACAAGGCGAAGGAGCAGUACGAUGAGGUGCAAAAUGCUUUGAUCUCGAAUCGAGUCUUUGAGGUUUAUGCCGAUGGUGAACGACUGGUUCCGAGCGACAUCAAGCCGAUUGUCGACAAGGUGUCGAUCGAGGCCAAGCCGCUCGAUCUGGAUGGGCUGCUCAUGUCCGCCAAUGACCAUCGUAGGGCUCUGGGUAUGAAGGAGCGUGUCCCCCGCCCCGCCAAGGACGUCAAGCGGAACAUACCCAAAGGUGCUUUCGAUGGUUUCCGAACCACGGGAGAACAGAAGAAAGCACAGACACCUUACUCACCGGGCCGAGCGCUGCGCGAGCGCAAGCAAGCCGCUUUGCUCACCGAAUCGGAGGAACAGUACAUGAGCACGCGCUGGUACCCUCAUGGUGGUCAGGCCAUAUCUCCAAAUCCACUAAACCUGGACAAGUUCCCCCUCGAGCGAAUCGGCAACGCCAACGCUCACAAGUUCCCUCGUCAUGGUGCUCGACACGAGAUGCUGCAGUCGAUUCUGCGAACUACGGCCUCGAUCGAUGAUUCGCAACCCGAGGCGCUCGAUAGAUGGCAUGCCGAAACGUCGGAGGCCUACAACCCCAAUUACAUCGAACCUUGGAUGCCACCCGCACGUAGAACGGGGCAAACACCCCUUCGGUUCCGGCACGAGCCACUGCCACUGUCAGAGGUCGACAUUCCGAUCCUCUCGUCGGCCGUCUUGCAAGACCAACGACCCCCCACGUCGUCUCCGUUACUGCUCACGUCUCCAGAAUGGCCUGACCUACCCGACCUACCCAAUUUAUCGCUCGAAUCUUCUUUUGCAGCAGCACGUGCCAAGUCGCUCACGCCUCGGCAAAUGUCUCCAGUCGUUAUGCCCGACUCGCCGCCUGUCGCCAUCGAGAGGCGGCCCACGCCUCCUCCGUUGCAAUCGGCACAAUUCGAGCCACCUCCACAGCGAUCGACUGGGGCCCAUAUCGCACCCGAAACAGUCGCCGAGGUUCAGCACUAUGUCUCCAUGGAUCUCUAUGGCGUACUUUCAUCAGACGAAUCCGAUAUCGAGAUCGUCCCCGAAUCUUACCAGCCGCCUGUCCCGAAAAGGGGCAACGCCAUCUCCUCCGCCCCGCCUUCACCUGUACCUGUGGCCCCGACUCCACCACCGCAGCCGCGACCGCCCAGCAGUUCGUCCUUUUCAGCCAUGCUCGAUGACAACGAUCUGGACUGCGCCAUCCUCUCCGACACGGCAUUGCUGCAAGGCGCCGUCGUGCAAAAGUUCGGCGACCAUGUCGAUCCGGCCAAGCUCGAUAGCUUUGACGAGUCAUCCCCGAUUCGCAUACCUGGAUUUGCUGGAGCUCGAGGAAUUGCGGUGAAGAAGAAUGCCACGAACGUCUUUUCUUCGGGUGCACCCGUUGCUACGGAUCCACCCCGUGCACCACUGAAUCGCCUGCGCCGUGGGAUCGUGCGAUCUCGACCCGACGACCUCAAGUCAGACGACAACGACAACGACAACUCCGACCCCGCAGAAGCCCCUGUCACUCGGGUUCGUAAGAUCAAACGCCCCAAGAUGAACAUCAAAACCGCCGCUCGAUCGAACCUCUUUGAUGUCGAAGCCGUCAACUCUUCCGCAUCAGGAACCGAAGCUUCUUCGGAGGAAUACGAGAGUGAGAAUUCGGACGACGUGCGCUUCGUACAUGAUGAAGAGGUGGAGGAUUCGUCUUCCCAGGCGAUGUUUUAUCGCGAGAGUUUGAUGACGCAGCCUCCGGAGGGCUUCGGGCAGGGCAAGUUUGGUCAGAGGUCAAGACCGGAUAGGAGAGGGGCGCCUUUUACGCCGGCGACGCCAAGGUCGCAGCCUGAUGAUUGGAGGUGAGGAGUGUCGAGACUGUGGCUUGUAGAAGUGUACAAGCUUGCCCUGACUUUAAAAGUUUCUUCACUUGUGCAGUUACGACAGCUUUUGCGCUCGGGACGAUGAGGAGAUUGAGAUGGAGUCAUCGAGCCAGCCGCCCGGAGCGAGGGUAUGA